AUGGUGAUUAAUUGCGAUAUAUGCAAAGAAGAAUUUUCGACCAAGUCUUCAUUGACAAGAUAUCUUUUAAAUAAACACAAUGUAACAAGUGAAACAAAAAAAAAAGUCAUAUCCAAAUGUUUAUCUUGUAAGGACAAAACAUUUUCAAAAAAAAAAAUGCUUAUUGAACAUUUAAAUACACAACAUGGAAUGUGUAUAAAAGAAGAAACAAUGCACUUUUCUAGUGUAUCAGGUACCACCAUGACAUAA